CCCCCCCCCCCGCCCCCCCCCGCACACCUCUCCUCUACCCACCCAACCUCACCCCGCUCCCCCUGCCCGCCUCGACUCCGCUUGGGGGAAAACUUCAAAGCGCCGGAUCGCAGGCUCCCAGCCUACUCCUCGACCGGGGAUUUCAGAAUAGACGCUUAGCGCGAAGCUGCCAUCCAAGAAGGAGACAUGCUCUCAGCAACCCCCCUGUAUGGGAACGUUCACAGCUGGAUGAGCAGCGAGCGGGUCCGCAUGUGUGGGACCAGCGAAGACAGGAAAAUUCCUGUAAAUGAUGGUGAUGCUUCAAAAGCCAGAUUGGAACUGAGGGAAGAGAAUCCCUUGAACCACAACGUGGUGGACACAAGUACGGCCCAUCGCAUCGAUGGCCUGGCCGCGCUGAGCAUGGACCGCACGGGCCUGAUCCGCGAAGGGCUCCGGGUCCCGGGUAACAUCGUCUACUCCAGCUUGUGCGGACUGGGCUCCGAGAAAGGCCGGGACGCUGCCCCCAGCUCCCUCGGUGGCCUGGGCUUCUCUUCCGAAAGAAACCCAGAGAUGCAGUUCAAACCGAACACGCCCGAGACGGUGGAGGUGGCCGCCGUCUCCGGGAAACCCCCCAAUGGCUUCAGUGCUAUCUACAAAACCCCACCUGGAAUACAAAAAAGUGCCGUGGCCCCCGCGGAGACACUGGGCCUGGACAGGCCCGCCGGCGACAAGCAGAGCUCGCUUAACAUCAAUGGUGCUAGUUACCUGCGGCUGCCCUGGGUCAAUCCUUACAUGGACGGAGCCACGCCAGCCAUCUACCCUUUCCUCGACUCGCCAAAUAAGUAUUCAUUGAACAUGUACAAGGCCUUGCUACCUCAGCAGUCCUACAGCCUGGCACAGCCGCUGUAUUCUCCAGUCUGCACCAACGGGGAGCGCUUCCUCUACCUGCCGCCGCCUCACUACGUCAGCCCCCACAUCCCGUCGUCCCUGGCCUCCCCCAUGAGGCUCUCGACCCCUUCGGCCUCGCCUGCCAUGCCACCGCUGGUCCACUGCGCAGACAAAAGCCUCUCGUGGAAGAUGGGCGUGAGCCCGGGGAACCCCGUCGACUCCCACGCCUACCCCCACAUCCAGAACAGCAAGCAACCAAGGGUGCCCUCUGCCAAGGCGGUCAGCAGUGGCCUGCCAGGGGACGCGGCCCUCCUGCUGCCGCCCUCGCCGCGGCCCUCGCCCCGCCUCCACCUGCCCACGCAGCCGGCUGCGGAUACCUACUCCGACUUUCACAAACAUUAUGGCAGGAUCUCCACCUCGCCAUCGGUCACCCUGUCGAAGCCAUACAUGACAGUCAGCAGCGAGUUCCCCGCGGCCAGGCUGUCGGGCGGCAAGUAUCCCAAGGCCCCCGAAGGCAGCGAAGGUGCCCCGUCGGUGCCCGGGCACCCCCGGAAGACGGCAACGGUUCAGGACAGGAAAGAUGGCGGCUCACCUCCCCUGUUGGAGAAGCAGACCGUUACCAAAGACGUCACCGACAAGCCACUGGACUUGUCCUCGAAAGUGGUGGAUGUAGAUGCUUCCAAAGCCGACCACAUGAAAAAGAUGGCCCCCACGGUCCUGGUUCAUAGCAGGGCUGGAAGUGGCUUAGUGCUCUCCGGAAGUGACAUCCCAAAAGAAACAUUAUCUCCUCCGGGAAGCGGCUGUGCUAUCUAUAGAUCUGAAAUCAUUAGCACAGCUCCCUCGUCCUGGGUGGUGCCUGGGCCAAGUCCCAGCGAGGAGAACAGCAGCAAAAGCGUGACACUGAAAAACAAGACGCUGGACUGGGCCAUCCCACAGCAACGGAGCUCGUCCUGUCCUCGCAUGGGUGGCACCGAGGCCGUCGUGGCCAGCGUCUCGGGCUCCCUGCCGAGCACGGGCCGUCCAGCCUCCGCGUCGCCAGCCCCCAAUGCCAACACCGACGGCACCAAGACUAGCAGGAGCUCCGUGGACACCACGCCAUCUGUCAUUCAGCACGUGGGCCAGCCCCCGACCACCCCUGCCAAGCACAGUGGCAGCGCCAGCAGCAAGGGCACCAAAGCGAGCAACCCAGAACCAAGUUUCAAAGCGAGCGAGAAUGGUCUCCCACCGAGCUCCAUCUUCUUGUCUCCAAACGAGGCCUUCCGGUCGCCACCGAUCCCCUACCCCAGGAGUUACCUCCCUUACCCGGCGCCUGAGGGGAUCGCCAUCAGUCCCCUGUCCUUACAUGGCAAAGGACCUGUCUACCCUCACCCAGUUCUGUUACCGAAUGGCAGUCUCUUUCCUGGGCACCUGGCCCCAAAGCCUGGACUGCCCUACGGGCUGCCCACGGGCCGGCCAGAAUUUGUGACCUACCAGGAUGCCCUGGGGCUGGGCAUGGUACACCCCAUGCUGAUCCCGCACACGCCCAUAGAGAUCGCGAAAGAGGAGAAAGCCGAAAGGAGGUCCCGGUCCCACGAGAGAGCCCGAUACGAGGACCCAACGCUCCGCAGCCGGUUUUCUGAGAUGUUGGAAGCUAGCAGCACCAAGCUCCACCCAGAAGCUCCCAGCGACAAGAACCUGAAGGCCAACCCCAGCUGGAGUCAAGGCAAGACCGUUGGCAAAAGCGACAAGCUGGUCUACGUCGACCUGCUCCGAGAAGAAGCAGACACCAAGGCCGAGCCGAACGCGGCCAAGGCCGGCUUCGCUGCCGAGAGUGUGGGCCAGAGUGCGGAGCCCGCCAAGCCGCCGCCGGACCCGGCUCUGCAGCCGCAUCGGGACUUCAUCGCCCUGCGAGAGGACUUGGGGCGGAUCGGAGACUUCCAUGACACUUACACUUUCAAGCAGGCGCCGGGCCAGCCGGUGUUCAGCAUAAACAAAGACGCUGUGGCAGUGGGCACCAACAAGGAGAACCUCGGGGUGCCAGCAUCCACUCCCUUCCUGGAGCCCACCCUGGGGAGCGACAGCCCUGCGGUGGCUUUCGGGAAAGCCCAAGAGGACCCCAAACCAUUUUGCGUGGGCAGUGCCCCUCCGAGCGUGGACGUUGCCCCCUCCUAUACCAAAGAUGGAGCUGAUGAGACAGAACCUAGUGAUGGCAAAGUUCUGAAACCGAAGCCAUCGAAGCUGGCGAAGCGAAUCGCCAACUCGGCGGGUUAUGUGGGUGAUCGCUUCAAGUGCGUCACCACCGAACUGUACGCGGAUUCCAGUCAGCUUAGCCGGGAGCAGCGGGCACUGCAGAUGGAAGGAUUACAAGAGGACAGUAUUUUAUGUCUACCCGCUGCUUUCUGUGAGCGUGCAAUGAUGCGCUUCUCAGAAUUGGAGAUGAAAGAGAGAGAAUGUGGCCACCCAGCAACCAAAGACACCGAGGUGUCCAAAUUCAGUCCAGCCGACUGGGACAGGUUGAAAGGAAGUCAGGACAGAAAGCCCAAGUCUGUCGCCCUGGAGGAGGCCAUUGCCGACCAGAAUGACAACGAGAGAUGCGAGUUUAGUGCAGGAAACAAACACGAUCCCUUUGAAGCCCCAGAGGACAAAGAUCUUCCUGUGGAGAAGUACUUCGCCGAGAGGCCACCUGCCAGCGAGCCGCCCGCACACCAGGCGGCCACGGACAUGCCGCACAGCCCCACUGUCCGGCUGGACCGGAAGCGCCGAGUCUCGGGUGACAGCAGCCACACCGAGACGGCUGCGGAAGAACUGCCGGAGGACCCUGUGCUGAAAGCCAAGCGGAGACGGCUUUCCAAAGAUGACUGGCCCGAGAGGGGAAUGACAAACAGUUCCUCUAACCACUUAGAAGACCCACAUUAUAGUGAGCUGACCAACCUGAAGGUGUGUAUUGAAUUAACAGGGCUCCAUCCUAAAAAGCAACGCCACUUGCUGCACCUUAGAGAACGGUGGGAGCAGCAGGUGUCGGCCGCAGAGAAUAAGGGUGCCCGGCAAAGCAGGAAGGAAGUGACCCAGGCACUUCCAUCUGAAGUCACCAUCCAGGGGAAUGACAUCAGCGAAGAGAAAGCCAGCAGGAAAAGGACAGAGGCCAAGGGCAACCGAAGCUGGUCCGAGGAGUCCCUUAAGUCCAGUGACAAUGAGCAAGGCCUGCCAGCCUUCUCCAGCUCUCCGCCCAGGACGAGCCUCUCAUCCACCAAUGCAAGCGGGAAAAAGCAGGCCCAGCCAAGCUGCACGCCAGCCUCCAGGCUGCCUGCCAGACAGCCGAGACUUAAAGAGAGCCCGAAGCCAGAUGUGCUGUGCACAGACGAAGACGAAGGCUGCCCCGCGGCCUCUCUGCUGCAGAAAUACCCGGACCACAGCGAGAAGCCAUCCGGCAAGAGGCUAUGCAAAACCAAGCACCUCAUACCUCAGGAGCCCAGGCGGGGCUUGGCGCUGCCCGGGGACUACUAUGUGGACAACGCCGACGGCAAGAUGACCGUGCGGCGUGUCCGAAAGCGGCCCGAGCCCAGUCCGGACUACGAUGCAUCACCACCAGCCAAGCAGGACCCAAAGCCCUUCGACCGCUUGCAGCAGCUGCUGCCGGCCCCCCAGGCUCCGCAGCUGCCGCGCUCAAGUUCCCCUCAGGAGACCACCCAGUCCCGCCCGAUGCCACCGGAAGCACGGAGACUUAUUGUCAACAAGAACGCUGGCGAGACCCUCCUGCAGCGGGCUGCCCGGCUGGGCUACGAGGAAGUUGUCUUGUACUGCCUGGAAAACAAGAUUUGCGACGUCAAUCAUCGGGACAAUGCAGGUUACUGUGCCCUACACGAGGCCUGUGCCAGGGGCUGGCUCAACAUCGUGCGGCACCUCCUCGAAUACGGCGCUGACGUCAACUGCAGUGCCCAGGAUGGAACCAGGCCUCUGCACGAUGCGGUGGAGAACGACCACCUGGAAAUCGUCCGCCUGCUGCUUUCUUAUGGUGCUGACCCUACCCUUGCUACGUACUCAGGUAGAACCAUCAUGAAAAUGACCCACAGUGAACUAAUGGAAAAGUUUUUAACAGAUUACUUAAAUGACCUACAAGGUCGCAGUGAUGAUGACUCCAAUGGCUCCUGGGAGUUCUACGGCAGCUCAGUGUGUGAGCCAGAUGACGAAAGUGGCUAUGAUGUUUUAGCGAACCCCCCGGGACCUGAAGACCAGGACGAGGACAAUGACUCCUAUAGUGAUGUGUUUGAAUUCGAGUUCUCAGACAGCCCCCUCUUACCGUGCUACAAUGUUCAGGUGUCCGUCGCUCAGGGGCCACGAAAUUGGCUACUGCUUUCAGAUGUGCUGAAGAAAUUGAAAAUGUCUUCGCGCAUCUUCCGCUGCAAUUUCCCCAACAUGGAGAUCGUCACCAUCGCCGAGGCGGAGCUCUAUAGGCAGGUGUCCGCGAGCCUUUUAUUCUCUUGUUCCAAAGACCUGGAAGCCUUCAACCCGGAGAGCAAGGAACUGCUCGAUCUGGUGGAAUUCACCAGCGACCUGCAGACUCUGCUGGGCUCCACCCUGGAGUGGCUCCACCCCAGCGAGGGGCUCUUGGACAACUGCUGGUGAGCGCCGCAGCCCCGCCUUGGACAGUGCAUUCUGGUGUGAAUCUUUGUGCAUAUGUGUCAUAGUACAGCUAUUUCUGUAAAGAAAGGACACUAUUACAUAGGAAAAGAUCUCUUCUUUAUAUAAGAGAAAUGGCUCCAGUCAGAAGGACUUCGAAACCUGUUGUUUUCUUUUUAAGUCAGUUUUUAUGAAGUUGUUAUAGUGUUUCUUUCAUGCACACCUGUUUUGGGAUAGGUUUGUUUUUACUUGGAACAUUUGUUUCUUUUCUGUUCUUGUUUUUCUUUUUCUUUUUUUUUUUUUUUCUAAGGAGAAACAAAAAUGAGGAAAAGGGGCUUCACACUUUGACUUAAUUUCAUGGCAAGCUCCGAUGACAGCCUGUCUGUGUGUAAUGUGUGGUCAGAAGCGUGCGGUUGGGUUUGGUGAAGGCACUUGGUGGUGUUGUACCUUUAUGUUUUGUUUACAGAGUACCUGCUUGGGCCAGGUAAAUGCUAUUGGAUGUAAUCCAGUAGUGUGUAAUAUAAAUUCAAACCAUAUCCACACACAACAACUAAUUGUAUGAAACUUUUAUAUCCUAAUUUAAAAGCUGUGAAAUUAGUUUUCACGCAUCAAACCGGAUUGUUUAUAUGUUUAAACAUUUUAUGCUCUUAUUUAAAGAAGACUUUGAGCUAUUUUUUUCUGUACCCUGUAAAAUAUUGAAAACUAACAUAAUAUGUUGAGGUUGCUUGAAAAUGUACAUAAAACUAAAAUUUUCUGAAUUGUGUGUUUAUGUUUGAAAUCUGUGUUUUAACUUUGUAAGUAAAUUCUCUGCCUUUGUAUUUAUAUUUUACAAAAAUUUUCUUAAAAGG